AUGAAUAAUAUUGAACAUGUAACAAGCGAUAGUACUAAUUUUGUUCCUAGCUGUUUAGAAAAUGACCGUCUGAGGAAAGAAAUUCUUUUAACAAAUAAUUGUAACAAUGAAACUUAUGAUAAUGAAGAGAAAAGGAAAGAGAAUAUAAAAGAUAAGAAUAUAACAAUAAAAAAACAAAAUAUGAGUGUUAUUCAAAUACAUAAAUUUAUUAAUAAAUUAAAGAAUACAAGUAUUACUGAGUUAGAAAAGAAUCAUUUAAAAUUAUUGCAAGAAGAUAUAAAACGUUUAAAUAUUAGUAAAUAUAUUGGAGAAAUAUUAAGUUAUAUAUUUGAUUUGUGUUAUCAUGUUAAUAAAUAUUCAGAGAUUUAUCUUUUAAUACAUAUUAUUAAAUAUAUAAAUGAAACAUACGAAAAAGUAAAUGAGCAUAUUGAAAAAAUAAUUUUCUUAAAAUUUUUUAAAUUAGAAGAAAAUGAUAAAAAUUUCUUUUUUAUUAUUUUUCAUGAUAUGUAUAAUAAUAUCAAUGAUAAAGAAAAGAAAUAUGUAAUAAAUCGGAUAGAAAAAAAGGAACAAAAGAAGGAAAAUAAUAAGGACCAUAAUAAGGAUCAUAAUAAUGACAAUUUGAUAAAACAAAAGAAAGGAAUUAAACAGUCGCAUGUGUCAAAUAUAAAUAGUAUAAACGAACAAGAUAAAAAAUUCAACAAAGGUUAUAAUUCACAAAAUAAAUAUUCAGUCAAUAGAAAAGAAGACGAAGAUGAAGAGGAAGAGGAAGAGCAAGAGCAAGAUCAAGAUCAAGAUCAAGAUCACGAUCACGAUCACGAUCAAGGAGAUGAACAAGAUGUGGAUGAGGACAAAGAAAAUAUUUAUAAUGUGAAUAAGUUUAAAAAAAUAAAAAAUGAUAUCUAUAAAAAAUUAACUUCCUCAUUUAUAUUAAAAGAAAAUGAAGAAAAAGAUAAUUUCAUAUUCGAAUUUGAUAUGUUUGAACAUGAACAUAGUAAUAUAAAACUUAUAAAAAAACACAAUGUAGAUAAAAAAGCUUAUAUGAAAGAAAUGUUGAAUAAUAUUAAUAUAAUGAAAAAUAUAGAAAAGAAAAAUAAAAUCAGAAAAAUAUUAUUAUGUAUAUAUUUUGAAUUACUUUUUUUAAAAAUAUGUAAUAAUAAAAAUUUAUUUUUAUAUAUGUUUAUAAAUAUUACCUUUUUCUUUUCUUUAAAAUUUUAUCCUUAUAUGGACGAUCAAAAUAAAAUAACAAAUUAUGUGUCUCAAGAAAAAAAAGAAAGCAAUACAAUAUUGAGUAAUAAUAAUAAUAAUAAUAAUAAUAACAACCACAAUAAUAAUAAUAAUAAUAAUAAUAAUGGAUGUGAUAUUUUGUAUAGUAUAAAAAAGUGCCUAAUAAUAAAUACUAUAACAACAUAUGAUUAUUUUUUUAAUAAUACAAGCAACAUAUUUAUAGAUGAAAACUUUUUUCAAAGUACUUCAACAUGCACAAAAAAUUAUGAAACAAUAAAACAUGAUUCUUUUGAAAACGAUACAAUUAAAAAUGACCCAUCAAAUAAUAAUACAAACAGUGUGAUAUGUAACUCUUCUUUGUUUUUUAAUGUAAAGACUAUAAAAAUGGAUAUUGUCAAUUUUGUUCUUACAUUCUAUUAUAGUAGUAUGUAUUCUUCUCUCAUAUAUUUUUAUUCUGAGCAUAUAAUAAAUGAAUAUAGCAACAGAAAUAACUAUACAAAUAACACACAUAUGAAUAACCAUAUGAAUCAAAAUAAUACGAAUAAUUAUAUAACAUAUAGUAAUUAUAAUAAUAAUAAUAAUAAUAUUAUUAAUAAUAAUAAUAAUUGUCAUCAAAUUAAUAAUAACACUCAACAUAACCCUGUUAGCAAAAAAUAUAUGAUUUGUAAGGAAGAAUAUAAUUUCUUCAAAAUAUUCGAAAGGACCAAACAUAUUUGUAAUCUUUUUAAUUUAGAACACAUAAACUUAGAAGAUAUACAAAUAAAAGCUAUUAACAUACUUGGUUUAAACGCAGAAAGUUAUAAUCAUAUCAAAAUUUUUGAUCAUAUCAAAAAUAAAAAUGAAAAAGAUAAAGAAAUUAUAAUAGACGAAAAUAAUUCUGUAUGGAUUAAUGAUGAAGAAAAAGCAUUCUAUACAAUAUUUCCAGAUUACUCAAAUAUUAAUAUUCUUAUUAAUGAAGAUGAUGAGGAAGACGAUAAUACAAAUAAUAAAUAUUAUCAAAAUGAUGUGCUUGGUACUGAUAAAAUUAUUUCAUCUGAAAAUAAUAAUCAGACUGUAAUAUGUAUUAAGACACAAAAUAAAUCGGAUGAUCAAAAAAAAAAGGAGGACACAAAAAUAAAGGAGGACACAAAAAUUAAGGAGAAUACAAAAAUAAAGGAGGAUACAAAAAUAAAGGAAGACACACACACAAAGGAGGAGGCAAAAAAAAACGUUGACAUAAAAUUGGAUGUAUCAAAGCCUAAAUAUUCCAUAUUAAAAAAGGAUAACUUAAAUAUAGUAAACAAUUUGCAUAGUCCACCUUCUAAUGAUAAAGACAAAAAAUAUAAUCUUGAUUUUAAAAACUCUAUAAAUGAUAGAAGCAAUCAAAAGGAUAAUAAUAUCUUGGAGAUAAGCCAAAAAAAAUCAAAAAUAAAAGAAAACACAGCAAAAAAUAUAUCUGGUGUGAUAAACCCAUCCGAUGCAACUGUCAUUCCUCCUACUUCUUAUAACCAAGGAAACCAUAAAAAUAAAGAACAGAACUUCAAAAUAUAUAUUGAAAAACUUUUAAACAUGAACUGUGAGAAAGAUAUAGAAAAUAAUGUUAUGCUUUUUCUCUUAAAUUAUAAUACAAAAAAGAAAAGGAAAAUUAUCGCAAAUAAUAUUAUAUAUAUAAACAAAGUAACAUUAAAUUUAAUUCCAUAUUAUUGUAGAUAUAUUUGUAUUAUAAAUAAGUAUGCUAAAGAUAUUUAUCCUAUAAUUAUUGAUGAAUUAAAAAAAAUUACUGAGAAAAUAAUAAAAGAAAAAGUACCAUGUCAAAAUAAAAAAACGAAAUGUAUAAAAUAUGUAUGUGAACUAACGAAAUUUAAAUUAUUAGAUUUAUCCUAUAUUUUAGAUAUUAUAUCUAUAUUAAUAGAUAAUUUUACUAUUGAACAUGCAGAGUUAUGUUUUUUUAUGUUAGAAAAUUGUUCUUUUCUUUUAUUAAAUAAUCCUAGGACACAUAUACGUUUCUUAAAUUUGUUUGAGAAAUUAAAAAAAAUAAAAAAUACAAAAAAUUUAACAAACAUAUUGGAAUUAUCAUUUGAAGAAUGUUGUAUUAAAAUAGAAAAUUUUAUAACAAAAAAUAAUAUGUAUACAUCAAAUAAUAAUAAUAAUAAUAAUAAUAGUAAUAAUAGUAAUUAUCAUAUUGUUAAGAGAAAAACAACGAAAAAGAAAUAUUCUCUUGAACAAGAACAAAAAAAAUAUUUUCUUAAAAAAUUAUUAUUUGAAGAUAUUGAAUAUAAAGAUACAGAGAUUAUUUGUAAAUAUAUAAGAAAAUUUAAUUGGGAUGAUUCUUUUUUUUUAUAUAUUUUAAAAAAAUAUAUUUUCAAAUAUUUAAUGUAUAUGAGUAUAUAUCAAAUAAAUAAUUUAGCAUCUUUAUUAUAUCAGCUAGCUAAAUAUAAACCACAAUUUGUAAUACAUAUAAUUGAUGAAUUAUAUGAAAAAAUUAUUAAUAUAUUAGAAUCUAAUGAUUUUAAACAAUUUACAUUUUUAAUACAAUAUACACAUUUAUAUGCUGAUUUAUAUAAUUAUAAAAUAUUAAGUUCAACAAAUGUAUUAGAUUUAUUGUAUUAUUUGAUAUCUCUAACAGAUAUAAAUAUAUGUUACAUGCAUGAAAUUAAUUACUUGUAUCCAUUUUUUUUAGAAAAUAAAAAAUUCAUAGAACAUAUAAAAGUAGGUAUAUCCAAUAUUGAAAAUUUACCUUCUUCAUCUAAUGAGAUAAUAACAAAUUUGGACAUCAACCAAAAUACAAAUGGAAUGGAAUAUAAGCAUGUAAAAAAAAAUCAAGCACAUGAUAUAUGUACAAUAAUUAAAGAUGAUGAAAAAAUUACAAUUUAUAAUAAUAAAAAAAUAUGUCAGUCUGAAAAGUAUCAAUGUGAGGACUCUUUUUUUUCUUAUAACAAUUAUAAAGAGGAGUCUUAUAAAUAUUUAUUCAUUAAUAAAAAUAAUCCAAUUUUUUUUCACAUACUUAAUGAUUUACAUGAUUGUACUUUUAUAAAUAUAAAAAUGAUAUGUAUUAUAUUAGAAAAGUGUGCUAAAUAUUUUAAUACACAACUAUUAAAAUAUAAAUUAAAUAAGUUCCUUUUAUUUUUUAUUAGAUUUCUUUUAAUCCUCGAGCCAUUACCCAUGUACAUAAAAAAUAUCACAGAUCAUGUUAUCAAUGAUAUAAACGAAGAUAUGAAACACUUCAUAUCUAUUGAGACACUAGAUAAAUAUUUAUUUAAGAUAUUAAAUACAGAAUAUAAAAUAUAUUUAAAUGCAAAAAUAAAUAACAAAGAUACAAAAAAUAUAAAGAAAUAUUAUAUAACUGAUGAAGAUUUAAUUUUUAAAUUCGACCAUCAAGAUAUUAAUCACCAGAAUAAUUCUUCGUCCAAUUAUAAAAAAUUACAUAAAAAUGAUGAUAACAAAAACAAUAAUAAUAAUAAUAAGAAGAAUAAUAAUAAUAAGACCAAUUAUCAUCAUAACAGUCACAUUUCUACUACUACACAUUCUUUAAAAACGAACAACUCAUAUUCUAUUCCAAAUUAUUCUGAUAAUAAUAAUUUAAAAACAUUGAAUCCACAUAAAGAGUUAGGAUCUGUUAUUUAUGAACAAGAAAAAUUCGACAAAGAAAUUAAAGACAUAAUUGAUCAAGCAAUACAUGAAAACAAUAAAAUAAAUAAAGAAAGCAAAGAUAUAAAACCUAGGAAUAUUAAAAAUAUUACUUUAUAUACUAAUUUAAUAAAAAAAACAGGCAAGCAAAAUUUACAUAUAUAA